GGAGUGCACCAUGGGCGGUGGCUGCUGGUGGCUGCUGGGGCCCGUGUGCCCGCUGCUGCUCCUGCCCCUCGCCGUGAGCCAGGAGCCCCUGAGCAAGGCUGGGAUGUGCGACACCAUCUACAAGGGCUUUGCCAGCUGCCUCAUCAGCCUGGGGGACAGCAUGGUCCAGAGUGUGCAGCGCCAGCAGGAUGAGGGUGCUGAGGAGGUGCAGGAGCUGGACACCAUCUGCAAGUCCUGGGAUGACUUCCAUGCUUGUGCCAGCGAGGUGCUGUCGAGCUGCCCUGAGGAAGCAGCUGCCAUCUGGGAGUCUCUGCGCCAGGAAUCCCGCAAGAACCAGUUCCAGGGGAACCUGCAAGAUCUGUGCAGUGCCCGGGGACGCCUCGCCAGUGCCCGCAGUUCACCGGCUGCCGAGACCAACCAGGCCACACUGCAAGGCUUGGCCACUACUUUGUGCACCCCAUUUCUGGCCCAGGUGGUCCUGCUGCUGCUAGUGCCCCAGCUCUAGCCCUGUGCUCAUCCCGGUGCCAGGAACAUCCUGUGUCAGUCCUCCUGGUGUUGGCUGUCAUCCCCACAGAGCCCACCUUACCCCUGAGCAUCCCUCACAGGGCAUGGGCUUCUCCAGCAGCCCUUCAGACAGAUUUAUAUUUAUAUUAA